AAGUGACUAGCACAUUCUAGUACGAAGUCUCACUCGCACACUACGACACCUCACAGCUCAAAUAUGGGCAAGGGAGUGUUGCUUCUGCUCUUCCUUGUGCUGGUUGUGGCCGAGGCCCAGCUACGACAUGGACCCACGGCUAGCCGGCUCACCGAGGCCACCCCGACGCACCUCCACUUCUACUUCCACGACACGGUGAGCGGCAAGUCGCCGACGGCGGUGCGGGUGGUGGGCCCGCCGGACGCGUCGUCGCAGUCCAUGUUCGGGAUGGUGAACGUCAUGGACGAUCUCCUGACCGAGGGGCCCGACGCCGGGUCCCCGCCGGUGGGCCGCGCCCAGGGCCUGUACAUGGGGUCCGACCAGGCCAAGAUCGGCUUCCUGCAGGCCAUGAACCUCGUGUUCACGGCGGGCGCCUACAACGGCAGCACGCUCGCGUUGCUCGGCAAGAACUGCCCGCUCGACGCCGUCCGCGAGCUGCCCGUCGUCGGCGGCACCGGCGCCUUCCGCUUCGCCCGCGGCUACGCGCUGCUGCGCACCCACUGGUUCGACUUCCGCACCGGCGACGCCACGGUCGAGUACGAUGUCUACGUUAUGCACUAGCAAUGGAAAUGCUUGCAUGCGCGGCUGUGGCCUGUGGCCAUAGGCAGAAGCAGCGAUAAGCUUUAGAAAAAUAAAAGAGUCUAGAAGUGCUUUAAGCACGAUUGUUCUUCACAGAGUGUUUGCUUUUUCUUUUCGUCAACCUUUUCUUUUCAGCUUGAUGCGCGAGCUAUGCAGUAUGAUGGAAAAUGUACUUCUUUAAUAUAUGAAAUUUGAUUUUUGUUCUUGUA